GCACCGCUGCGAGAAUUUCCGCCGCUCCAGCAGCAGCACUACUGGGACCCCCACUCCCGCGUCGAUCCUGUGCUGCAUCCAUGACUUUACACACCUGGCUGGUGUACGGGCUUGGAUUUAUUUUGGGGCUCUGCUUGACGCAAGUAGAGGGUCUGCAGUGCUAUGGCUGCAACAUCAUCCAAGAUCAGCGGUACGUGGACGUGGGCUGCUCCAACCCAGAGGUGCUCACCUGCACCCACUCACACAAGGGCUUCAAGCACCGCUUCUGCAUCAAGACAGAGAGCACGGCACUGGGCAUCGUCCUGACCAGCGGCUGUGCCACGUCCAGACACUGCCAACAACAGGAGCUGCCAGGCGUGCGCAUCCACUGCUGCGACUCGGACCUAUGCAACAGCGCCCCCUCGCGCAGCCAACUGAACUACGCAUGCGCACUGGCCGGCCUGCUGCUGCUGAUGCUGAGGAUGUGGUUGUAGGCGAUAGGGAAUACCAAUUCACUGUGUGACACAAAAGAGGAAAAACUGUCAAGUGAUUGCGUGGCAUUUUAUGUCAGGGUCUGAAUGUUUUUUUUUCUUAAGGGGUAUGGUGUUGAAUGAGCAAAAUGAUCGGAUGUUCAGUAUGCACCUUGGCUUGAAGUGGUCUUUUGGUACGGGAACAAAACUGCUUAUCUUGUGUUUUCAGGAACAAAUUUAAUGACAGUUAAAAUGAAAUAACAUCAAUAGUUUGUUUUUUUUAGAAAAUAGAAAGUUGCAGAUGAAUGCAAUGUGAAAAGUGUGAACUAUUAUGCUCUAAAAGACAUUUGUUGUUGCUUUAGCUUCAUCAAAAGGGCAUGAACGCGCUGGAAGUUGCAUUUGUGCCGUGCUACUUUUUUUAAAAUCACGACGCAAUUAUAGUGACAUUCAAAUGAUUUGGCAAAUUUGAUGCUCUGGUAAAAGCUCAGCGCUAGCCAUGGCAUCCGCUAACCAGAAUCUGAGCUACACUGUGUUCGUUUACAGUUACGCUUCUUGUCCAUCACCGAAUGUGUGUAACGGAUGGUAUGACAAAAUGGCCCCUGCAUUAAAUCAUUUUGUUGAAAAUAAUUAACUGCCUGUGUGUGCUGCGAUUGGGUGGUGACCAGCGCAGGAUCUACACAGCUUCUCUUGCCAAAAGUCAUCUUAGGUUCAUUGAUGACUCGAUUUGCUAUGAUGGAACGUUCCAGCCCUAUCUUUUUCUUGGAAUCGCAGCUCCAUGACAACCUCUCUCAGCAUUCACAGAAUAACGUUUUGCCAACGAAGUCACUCAAGCUUUCAUUAAAGACACAAUGGAAGCACACUAACUAGUUUUAUUAUGGCUGCCACUCACUUAUCCUAUGAGGACAUUAUGUGCACUCAUCGUCAUUGCUGAAACGUCUUGUCUUGAUUCAGAUCAGAAAAUGUCUGAUGCGUAUUCUUCUUUCAAGGUCACUCUUUGUCAAAAGAAAUCUACAUAAAUAUAUAUUUUUUCAGUUUAUUUUUUUCAGUUCUUCCGGCUUACUUUGGGAGAGCACAUUGCAUGUGGUUAUACAAAAUUGUAAGAGUCAUGCAUGUAAAAAGUGGUCCAUGGUUGUAUCAAUAAAAUUAUUCAUAUUUUCACAAA